CCGGCCGUUGGCUAACGUGGAAGCGAGACCUGCUGGCCGGCUGGGGAGCCGGGAGCGCGCUGCCCGGGGAGCUGGGCGCGAGGAACGGCGGCGGGGCCUUCUCGGCGCGGCUCGGCCUUUCCCGGGAGGGAGCGAUGGGGCGCGCGGGCGCCGGGCAGCGGGCGCCGGUGUAGUCCGCGCGGCGCCUGGCCCGGGAGCGCGGGGAGGCCUGUGCGGGCCGCCGCCCCGAGCGCCCGGCCUGCCGCGCCAUGGCCCCCAUGGGCAUCCGCCUGUCCCCGCUGGGGGUGGCCGUGUUCUGCCUGCUGGGGCUCGGCGUGCUCUACCACCUCUACUCGGGCUUCCUGGCCGGCCGCUUCAGCCUCUUCGGCCUGGCCGGCGAGCCGGGCGGCGGUGUGGCCGGGCCCGCGGCCUCGGCCGACGGGGGCACCGUGGACCUGCGCGAGAUGCUGGCCGUGUCGGUGCUGGCGGCCGUGCGCGGCGGCGACGAAGUGCGGCGCGUCCGCGAGAGCAACGUCCUCCACGAGAAGUCCAAGGGGAAGACGCGCGAGGGGGCCGACGACAAGAUGACCAGCGGGGACGUGCUGUCCAACCGCAAGAUGUUCUACCUGCUCAAGACCGCCUUCCCCAACGUGCAGAUAAAUACUGAGGAGCAUGUAGAUGCAGCUGAUCAGGAGGUUAUCCUGUGGGACCGUAAGAUCCCCGAGGACAUCCUGAAGGAAGUGGCCGCUCCUCAGGAAGUGCCAGCAGAGAGUGUCACUGUCUGGAUCGACCCGCUUGAUGCUACACAGGAAUAUACGGAGGAUCUUCGAAAGUAUGUCACUACUAUGGUGUGUGUAGCUGUAAAUGGGAAACCUGUGCUAGGAGUAAUACAUAAGCCAUUCUCUGAAUAUACAGCUUGGGCGAUGGUAGAUGGUGGGUCAAAUGUGAAAGCACGCACUUCUUACAACGAGAAGACCCCGAGGAUCGUCGUGUCUCGCUCGCAUUCUGGCAUGGUGAAACAGGUGGCUUCUCAGACUUUCGGAAACCAGACCACAAUCAUCCCGGCUGGCGGUGCUGGUUAUAAAGUUUUAGCACUCCUGGAUGUGCCUGACAAGAGUCAAGAGAAGGCUGAUCUGUAUAUCCAUGUGACAUAUAUCAAAAAGUGGGACAUAUGUGCUGGCAAUGCCAUCUUAAAAGCCCUUGGGGGGCAUAUGACCACCCUGAAUGGGGAGGAGAUCAGCUACACCGGCUCCGACGGCAUUGAAGGGGGGCUCCUUGCCAGCAUCAGGAUGAACCACCAGGCCCUGGUCAGAAAACUCCCAGACCUGGAGAAGACAGGACAUAAAUGAGCAAAGCUGACUGCCGCUCGCAGCUCCUGCAGGGCCGGCCGGUCAGCCUGACACGCUGGAGGCUUCGGAGCAUCAGUGCAGACUCUGCAUGGUUAAGGCCACCCCAAACUUCUUACAGUAUUUAUGAAGCAUCAGAGACGUCCUUCCCCUGCGAGGGAUGCAGGAUCAGGCGAAAUGGGUCGCUUCGUGUCUCAAGUAUUGUCUUUAUUUUUGAGACUAUUUUCGUACAAUUGUCAUACACAACGCGCAUAUAUAUAUAUAUUUGUGAAUUAAAAAGUAUAGCUGAGUCAACAUUGUUGUGAGUCACCAUUUUCACACAACAUCAUGAAUCUUCACUAUUUGUUAGUACUUUCAUAUAGAAUUGGGCUGAAGAAAGGAUUGAUUUUAUGUAGAUGUUUGAUAUUACUUUACAAUGAUUUCUCAUUAAAAAUAAAAAUAUUGGGGGUUUUUACCCCUAAUUCAGAUGGAAAGCACAAGAAGCUACACGUUCAUUAAUAUGCAACAAAUGCUCUACUUACCUGUUACUGAAUACUUCUUAUGGAUUAAAAUAGAGAAAAACUUAAAUUGCUUUUCUUUCUUGGAAAUUUUAAUAACAGGUUCACCAGCUAGUAGAGAAUAUAGAUACACGAUGGUUGCAUUGUAAUUGUAAUUUCUGUGUGUGUUCUGUUUUUAUAAAGGAAAGUGUGUCUGUA